CCGAUAUUUCCCAAGUAUCACUUAUACUGCAUCUUACCUUUAUUUCCGGAAAAUCGACUGAACACAUGAUGAACGUGAUGAACGCAUUUUGAUUUCUCUUAUUCAUUUGAAGGAUACAAGAGGAUUAGAAUUAGUUUAUAGGUAUAUAUACGUAAAUGUUCCAUUAAACACGACGUACACGUGAACUUGUACGUGUAGCUUCCCGUGCAGUGUUGGCAAACGUUUGUUAAGAUGGCAUCAAACAAGGAAAAUUCUGACGGAACUGACGUGUCUACGGAGGAAAUUGAUGAUAGAACCAACAAAGGGAAGUCUCCUACAGAGAGGCCUUGGCAAGAAGACAAAGGUGUUCCUGAGAGCUUGCUGUACGCUUAUGAGAACAGUUUGUGGACAGAUGUGACCCUGGAAUGUACUGCAGAGAAUGGAGACGUGCAGUUCAUAAAAGCCCACAAGAUGAUCUUGGCGUCGCGCAACACUGUUUUUGAGGCCAUGUUGUUUGGUCCAGCGGCUGACAAAGGAGAUAUAAUACAGAUUUCAACGUUUAGUUACGAACUCAUGGACUUACUUUUAAAGUACUUGUAUUCAGAGAAGACACAUAUUACAGAAAGCACUGCCCGCCCGAUGUUUGAGAUGGCAUAUUUCUACCAAGUACCCGCACUUAUCAACUUAUGCAGUCAAUAUAUUCAAAGCAUCUUCAGAGACGACAGCGUUUGUGGAAUACUAGAACUCGCUUUGCUAUAUGACAACGUCGGUCUCAGAAAUGCAGCUUGCGAUUAUAUCGAUCAAAAUGCCAUAACGGUGAUCGAAACGGAUGGAUUUUUACAGGUCUCUGAAAUGUGUCUCGAAUACAUACUUAGAGGAGAUACGUUUCACGUUGCUGAAAAGACCAUACUUCGUCGGGCAAUCGAGUGGGCAAAAAAAAAUGAAAUCAAAGAUGGACUUAACAAAGACAGAAACCUAGAUAAAAAUAAAAAAAAUCCAUCCGACAUUUCUGUAAAACAUUUUAAAAGCACUCUUGGUAACGCGUUCCAAUAUAUCCGUCUAGGAGCGAUGUCUGUUGGUGAAUUUUCAGAAUGUGUAGAAAGCACUUUAAGUGCAGAAGAAAUAAAGGAUAUUCUAAAGUUUCCUAAAAAUUGCUCCACAAAAGAAUUCCAUCCACACAGAUUACCCAAGAAGGAAACACUCGAAUUCAAAAACGGUAAAACUACGUGGAGCUCAUGCCAAAAAUCAUCUUCGCGAAACUCAGGUUUAUUCAGCAGUUCAUCUGAGUCGAUGUAUGAGAUAACUGUUAGGAAGAGUCUGAUCAUAUGUAAAGGCAUCACUUUUUCCGAAAUAUCUGUGUUAGUCGAUAUACUAGGUGAAAGAUUUGGAAGUAUGCAGACAACCAAAGCGGUAGAUCCUAAUCUUGACUUUACCGUUAAAAUGAACAUCAAAAUCGCUCGUACAAGGCUUAAUUACAGCUUCAUAACUACAAUACAGGAUUUGUCCGCGUACGAUCUCGAAUUCGAUUCACCAAUUUGCCUCAGAGCAUCGGAGGAUCCUUACAAAGUUGUUGUUAAAAUGGAACUUCAACCGACACCUCUCAAUAUAACAUUCACAACGAACCAAUGUGGCGUAGGAUCAGCUGAAAUAGAAAACGCAAAAGUGGAAUGGAAUAAUCAGUUCUCCAUAUUACACAAAAUUCUAUUUUCGAACACCUCUAAUAGAGUUUCGAAAGGCAAGGAAAGAAAAAAAAUGGAUGAUGAUGGAAAGUAACAAUACUUAUGUGAAAAAAGUGGGAACAGUUUACACUGAAGCUUUGCUAUAUUUAACUUUAAAAUGAUUCAGUAGUGUGAUGCAAUAUUAUUGAAGGCUAUUCCAUUUAAACAUAUAACCCACGAGGGGAAGGCACUUUUGAACUAGACCUCCCCCUACAGAAGCAAAUUAACCGUUUGGGGGUCCUACCACUAUUUGUUUUUUUCGACCCAGAAUAAUCUCCUUCAGAAGCGAUUUGCAAGCAUAAAAGGUCCAAGUUUUAAUCUUAAUAAUGAAAACAACUUUAAUAUUUUUCAGACUGGCAUCAGCCUUUUUGUCCCUUCGGUUUCACAACAUUUCCAUUUGUAGAGGACAUAACUUCGUGAUAAAAGAGACUGUGUUAAUUGAUUUAAUUAAUAUUUUUUCUGACAUGAUAAUUUUAGUAUUUAUAUAACUAUUUGCUUUGCUCUGGAUUUUACUCAGACCUGUUAACUUUUUAACUUAUUUUAUGUUUCAUGAUAUCACUUCUUGCUUUAAUAUAUAAAGAUGCUUGUUAAAAUUAACAUCCUUUAUAUUCCCCCGCCGAAUCAAAGGUUUCGGGAGGGGUAUAUUGUUUUUGCGUUGUCUGUCAAUCCGUCCAACCGUCCGGAACCAUAUCUUGGUAGGCAUUGAUAAAAAAAAAUCAAACUUAGUCAGAAUGUUUCCCUUGAUCAAAUAUCCACCACUUGUAAAAGUGGGUCACAUGGGGUCAAAAACUAGGUCACUAGGUCAAAUCAUUAUACAUGGUCAAAUCUUCAUGAAAAUUUAUCAAAAUGUUUUCCUUGAUGAACUCUUGGACGUAUAUACAACUGGGUCACACAAGAUCGAAAA